UCUGUGGCACCAGUCACAGACCGCGAGAAGAACGAGUGCCAUCCCAGCCGCCUCGUGCCAGCUCGCUCAGGACAAAAUCAAUUGACAUCAACAACUGAGCCCAGACCCGUUCCUGUUCCACUGACGAGCACCAUGGCUUCACUUACAGAGUUCCAGAGGAAGAAGAUCUUAAACUUGUUUGAGAACCUUUAUGACACCAACAAAGACGGAGUCAUAGAGAAAUGUGACUUUGAUGCUGCACUUGAGAAAAUCUCCACCCUCCACCACUGGAAGACAAACGACGAGGCCUUCAAGAAAGCUCAGGACACAGUCAGCGCAAUAUGGGAGGGUCUCAGGAAGAGGGCGGAUAAAAAUAAGGAUGGUAGGAUAACCAAAGAGGAGUGGACAAAGAUGUGGGAGGAGUGUAUCAAAGAUGUGGUCGAGGGUCGCUCAUUCCCUGAGUGGCAGCAGGAGUACAUGGAGUUUAUGUUUUACGCUAACGACACAUCAGGUGACGGCUUUAUUGACAGGGGAGAGUACACAGCCAUCUACGAGCUCUUCGGCUUUUCAAAUGAUGACGUCAACAAAUGUUUUGACAAAAUUUCAGAGGGUCUACCCAACAACAUGCUUUCAAAGAGCGACUUUGAAGCCUUAUGGCGGGACUACUUUGUUGCUGAAAACGACGAUGCAAAGGGCAACUUUUUGUUCGGUCAACAAAAACAUUAACUGACUUACUUCCCUUUAUUUUUAUUUAUUUUUAUUAUUCUUACAAAAUGUGAACAGAACUCACGUCAUCUAAUUAACCAGUGUACAGACCGUGCGACAGUAGGGCUAGAUCACAUCUCAGCCAAAGCAACUCAUUUUAUCCAGUUUUUCUCUGCGGAGACCUGACCGGCGUACCAUCGCUGCCGGAUGUGACGUUCAAGGUCAUGAGGUCACUACCAAAGAAAGAUCCGACCAGGGGGUAGGUGACGGGAUCACUCCAACCCCUCGGGUGUGUUUGAGCCCUCAGCGCUAUCUGUAACUCUCGGUUAAAUGGUAUCGCAUGUCAACAUUUGUUAACACGACUGCCAGCAACAGCUAACCAUGUCAGCCAUUGUUGGCAUAAAUGUCAACAACUGCUAACUGUUCUGUCAUUUCCUCUCCUCGUCUGUCAGAAGUCCCGUGAAAAUGUCAAUACAUUCAUUCGAUGUUUUUUAAAAUAUAUUUUUGUAAAAAUUUCCUGUCAGCCAUCCCAUAAUUUUACCAGUCUAAAACAAAUCCAGCGAGACCAGUAAGAGUGAAUUGUGUGACGUCAUACUCCCAGACUUCUCAUGUUUUGUGUACGCACGUCGUACACAUGUUGUACGCGUGUUGUACACAGCAAAGAGCGCGACAAAAUAAAAGAAAUAAAACAAAA